AUGUCUAAAUUUGGAUUCCUGCGGAAUAUCUCCAAUGGCUUCCGCGAUACUCUCUUUGAUCUCGUAGAAUGGUAUACCUACGCGACUCUAAAGCAACAGCAUAUGGUCAUGAUCGCCAGUGGCGCAUGUCUAGGUGCGAUUGUAGGCGUUACAAAGAGAAGGAGGAGGAUUAAGGACGGAGAAUUCAGCACAAACUUUGAAUUUGCCGCUUAUAAUGUACACGACGUUGAGGAAUUUGAACAAAACUGGAAUGAGCAGGCCAGAAUCGCACAAAAACAACCAGGAUACAAGUUUACCAGACUCUACAAGGCAUACCACUGGGACAGGUCGCCAACUCACUAUCUACAGUUACGUCUAUGGAGAUCAAAGGAAGACUUGGAAAAUUACAAGAAUCUUGCACAGCAAAAGGUACUCGAAAAACGAGUUAACGGAGCCGCCUCAGAGACACAAUUUGGGCUCCCAGUAACCAUAGUAGACGAUUCAGUCAGAAGAGGAAUCGAUUUUUAA